CAUGGUGGCACCGAGGUGACACCGCCGUGCCAUUCCCACCCCCAGGAGCCAUUGUCCCGGCGGCGCUGAGCUUCCUCCUCCCCUCUCCUCCUCCUCCUCCUCCUCCUCCUCCCCGCCGCCACCGCCAUGGGGAGCAUCUACAAGGAGUACUUCAACCGCGACAAGAUCCGCGAGCACUACAACUUCACCAAGGGCGACACGGAGCCGCCGGCGGCCUCGCGCUGGGUGGGCUCGGCGCUCAUCGUGCUGCUGUGCUGCGUCAUCGUCCUGGAGAACCUGCUGGUGCUGGUGUCCAUCUGCCGCAACAAACGCCUGCACCUGGCCAUGUACAUCUUCAUCGGCAACCUGGCCGCCUCCGACCUGCUGGCCGGCGCCGCCUUCAUGGCCAACACGCUGCUGUCGGGCAGCACCACCUUCAGCCUGACGCCGGUGCAGUGGUUCGUCCGCGAGGGCACGGCCUUCGCCACGCUGGCCGCCUCGGUCUUCAGCCUGCUGGCCAUCGCCAUCGAGCGCCACGUGGCCAUCACCAAGGUGAAGGUGUACGGCGGCGACAAGGGCUGC